CUCACUUAUUUUGCACGAGGAGCUGUCCCCACUACCUGCACCAUGCUGGGCCACAGACAAGGAGCUGGAGAGCACUGCUGAACCUCCCUUGGGCAGCAAGAGCCUCCCACAAGCCAUGAAAGUGCUGCAGGGCUGGCAGACAGGGCUCUGACUCUCACCUCCUCUGAGCAGGGCUGGGUUCAGCCCUCAAACAGAGGAUCUGCUUUGCCCCGAGCCCCACCUGACCCUUCCUCCAUCGAGCAUCCCCUGCCUGCUGCCCCACCUCAGAAGAUGGCUGCUCCAGUGCUGGGCUGGCUGGUGAAUCGCUCCCUCCUCCUUCCCCUGGACUCUGCUCAGCUGCUCGGCACAAAAGCCUCCUGCCUGCAGCUGGCCGCCGCGAGGAACGUGAACAUCAUCCUGCAGCACUACAACUUCUCAGGCAAGCUCGCCAAGCGGCCCUCCGGCGACGAGGGCAUGGGGCUGCUCCGCACGGCCUUCGCCGUCAUCAGCUGCCUCAUCAUCCUGGAGAACCUGCUGGUGCUGCUGGCCGUGCUGCGCUGCCUGCGGGGCCGCCGCUGGGUCUACUCCUGCAUCGCCAGCAUCACCCUCAGCGACCUGCUGGCGGGCGUCGCCUACCUCUGCAACCUCUGCCUGUCGGGCAGCAAGACCUUCCAGCUGUCCCCGCAGCUCUGGUUCCUGCGGGAGGGCAUCCUCUUCAUCGCCUUGGCCGCCUCCACCUUCAGCCUGCUGGUGACGGCCGUGGAGCGCUACAGUGCCAUGGUGAGGCCCAUCGCGGAGAACGAGGCCAGCAAGACCCUGCGCCUGCGCGGCCUCAUCGUGGCCUGCUGGCUGCUGGCCCUCGUCAUCGGCCUGCUCCCGCUGCUGGGCUGGAACUGCCUCUGCGACUUCCAGGCCUGCUCCGUGCUCCUGCCUCUCUACUCCAAGAACUACAUCCUCUUCUCCGUGGUUAUGUUCAGCAUCAUCCUCCUGGGUAUCAUCGGCUUCUACAUCUCCAUCUUCCACCUGGUGCAGGCCAGCUCCAGGCAAAGCAGCUCCCGGCACGGCCGCCGGCGCUCCCUGCGCUUGCUGAAGACGGUGCUGAUGAUCCUGGGGGCCUUCAUCCUCUGCUGGAGCCCCCUCUUUGUGCUGCUGCUCUUUGACGUGUUCUGUGACACCGGGGCCUGCAGCCACCUGCACAGCCUGGACUGGACCCUGGCUCUGGCCCUGCUCAACUCGGGGGUCAAUCCCGUCAUUUACUCGCUGCGGAGCGUGGAGGUUCGCCGUGCCGUGGGGAGCCUGCUGUGCUGCUGCUGCGUCAGGGCCGGGCUCUGCGGGCCCGGCAGCUGCGUGGUCAUCUCGGACAUCAACUCCGGCUCCUCCACCGAGAGCUCCCUGCGCUGCCGGGACAGCUUCCGCAGCUCCGUGGCCUGGAACGCGCGGCCCAGGGCGCCGCUGUCCAGCAACUCCAGCAUGAUGAGCAACCUGCCCAGUCUGUGAGGGGCACGGCGAGAGCCAGAGGUGCCAGACAGCCCCCAGGAGCUCGAGGUGCAGCCCCUGGCCUGGCAGGACUGUAGCAAGGCUGACGGGUUGUGAGCCGGGCCAGGCUUUGCAGUCCCGUGGGGCUGGGAUGGUGCCGCGGGGUGGGUGCAGCACAGGGAGAGGAAUUGCUCCUAGGCUGGCGGUGAAAGACACAGGCACAUUUUGGGAUGGAUGCUCUGCUGGGACAGCUGCAGUGCUCAGGUUCUGUGUGUGAGCUCUGGGUGUGCAGAGGUGCUGCAGCUGCUCACCUGAGGGUGUUUUGCCCCAGGGCGCAUUGGCAAAUAGGAUGGAUUUUCCCAACCAGGUGGCCCUUCCAAGCCUUUGGAAUCUUUUUGGACCUUCUGUGAUGGGCACAGCUGCUGGGAAGGAAUGCAAGCUUGAUGUCCUGCCCAGCCUGAGGAUGGCAGAGGGCUGCAGCCACAGCCCACACCCUCCCCGGGGUGCAGAGGCUGAGCACUGAGCCAGGGCAAAUGCUGUGACCGUGCUCAGAGCUGCAGUGACAGGGCUGGCACUGGCACGGGCAGAAGGAGGUGCCAGAGAGACUGGGGAGCCUGGUGCCAUCCUGAGCCUGAAGACACGGCCAGCUUGUGCCUCAGAUCCCUGCUCUUCUGCUCUCCCAUGUAGGGAAUAAUCAGAGCAGCACCCAAAUGCCUCCUCUCACCGUGCCAAAGGCCACCAAAGCACUGGGGACUCACACGAAUCCUGCUGGCCCAGCCCCUCUGCAGGAGCUGAGCGUGCAGCCCAUUUGUUUUGCAAUAAAUCAAGGUGAUCAGAAAGCCUUGGGCUGAUUCCCUUCGACUUUUUCCUCUGGAGGCCAGGUACUGCCUGGGGGAUGCUUUUGUAGUCUGAGGACAGCUGGAGCUGCCCUCCUGUUCUCAAGACAGGGGGAUU